CUGCUGUUCGGGAUGGCGAUCGCAUCGCAGGAAAUGUUCCAAAUUUGUAGGUUUUGCUUGUGCCAGGACGAAGCAUUACUGAUUCCACUAGAGGAUAUAUUGGAUUUCACUCUAGCCUUCCAAGAUGUAAGCGCGGUUACGGGAUUAGAGAUAAAUCAGAACAACUCAACAUCAUACGCCAUGUGCUUGGAAUGUACAACCAAAUUGAAAAGCUCUGUCGCGUUCCGGGAAGCCUGUCGAACCAAUGAUAUUCACUUUCAAGAGUUGUGCGCUGUGUUGUCUGCCAGCUUUAAAGAGUCGCGUAUGAAAAUUAUCGACACAAUACAAUUUUCAGACAACUCCGAUGAGUCUAUGGAUCUGGAUCUAGACUUUUUGGACACAAUUAUUGACGAUUCUGCUGAAAGUUCACAAAUCAAUGAUGAUCUCUCCCAAAAUGAAAAUAUUAUAGAGGAGCCUGAAGAAACUGCACAAAGUAGCGAUACGGAUCAAGAGGAAUUCUCGUACUGUGCCAAUUAUAUACUUCCGGGAGAGAACUUAUAUUCCGCCGAUGAGGAUAUCCAGUACUGGAUUGACUGGGAUAGCAGCUUAAACCCUUCAGCUCCACCGCCCGCUCCAUACAAGCGAGGCAAAAGAGAGCCCAAAUAUUACCUUUGUGACAUAUGUGGCAGAAUGGUUAAACACAUUCCAAGUCAUGUUCAUGUUCAUACAGAUGAAUGCACAUACAGUUGUGAACAUUGUCCAGUAAAAUUCAAACAAAAAACCAAUUUAAUACAACACAUAAAAACUGUGCACUUGAAAACAGUUACGAAAACGUGCGAGAUAUGCGGUAAAGGAUUCGUUCAUCACAAAACGUAUAGAUAUCACAUGCUUACUCAUCAAGGUGAGGGGAAAACCUUCGAAUGUUUGGAUUGUUCGAGAACGUUUUCGAAUUCUGUUUACUUGAGGGAUCACAUUAACAGGCUGCAUAACGCAGAGAAACAAAUGAAGAAAAAGGAUUCAGGAGAUCGAAUUCGAAGGAAACGAAGCAGAUCCAACACGGUGAUAGAAAAAGUCAAAGAUCACACGACAUAA